UCCAGGUAAGGUAGACGCUCUCAGCGACGUAAUCUAAAGUUUAAACUGGAAAACUAACAUUGUGAAUGUACCUCUACAUCUAAAGAAAACAAAAGAUCGCUGAACAGGAUCGACUGGAUGCACCUGACGGACAGCGCACAGUGAGAUGACUUCGUAGACAGCAUUUGAAUGAUCAUUAUUAGUGAAAAUAAAUCUCAGUGCUGAGUAAAACAUCAGACCUGAUGAUACUGAAAAGUGAUUCGUGAAUGAUCGGGAGGAGAUCCUGUGCUACGCUGCGCCCCACAGAUCUUCUCUGUGAAUAUAUCAGAUGAAGCCGGUGUCAGUCUGAGAGUUUCCAGUUUAUGCCCAGAGGUGGUGGGGGCAUGACAUCACAAAGUGAUAAGGAAAUAAAGUGUGUGGUGGUGGGUGACGGUGCAGUGGGAAAGACCUGCAUGCUCAUCGCAUACGUAACCAAAGCGUAUCCCUCUGAGUUCAUCCCCACAGUGUUUGAUAACUACUCUGCUAAAGUGACGAAUGGUGAAGAGUAUAAUCUGGUACUCUGGGACACUGCAGGUCAGGAGGACUAUGACCGAUUGCGACCCCUCAGCUACCCAGAGACCAACGUUUUCCUCGUCUGUUUCUCCGUCGUUUCACCCAAAUCUUUUCAAGAUGUCACAGAAAAGUGGUUGCCAGAGAUUGCACACUACUGUCCGGGGACGCCCUUCCUGCUGGUCGGGACUAUGGUGGAUCUGAGAGAUGACAGCUACACCCUGGAGAUGCUGGCCAAGGAAAACGAGCAAGUUGUGACCUUCAAGGACGGACAGGAACUGGCUCAUAGGCUGAAAGCUGUCAAAUACAUGGAGUGCUCAGCUCUUACACAGAUAGGAGUGCAGGAUGUGUUUGAAGAGGCCGUCCUUGCUGCUCUGGGGAAGUCAAGUUCCAAACCCAAGAAGUGCUGCACUCAACUAUAGAUGUCACAAGACGUAGAACAAGAGGAAGAGGAUGACCUUAUCCUCCUCCUCUUGGAGAAGUUGGAGGUUUGACCUGGAAGAGAUUAUUAACCUCGAUGUGAACAAAGGAAGAAUGCUAGUUAGACCAAAAACAAUAUAAAUAUCUCUUUAUUUAGCAAGCAGAGCUGAAAAUGCUCUAAAAAAUACAAAUACAAAAGUAUAUUGUAUAAAUAUAAAUAAUUUAUGCAGAUUUAUUAUUAAUGAGUGCAGGCAAGUCUUUAUAUACAGUAGAUUAGGUUUUUUCUGAACCUAUGUAUACGUUGUAAUUUUUAUGCUUAUUAAUUACUGUCAUUCACUCACUCAUUUUUUUUUAAUGGACACAAACUUCUAUAAACUACUCAUCUAAUAUCAUUCUCAGCCUCCACAGCUUUUUAUUGACCUGUUCAUAUGCAGCUUGUGUUUAAGGUACAACCAUGUGAACAGGAAACUGCACGCUCUUUCACUUUUAUGUAUCAGGAAACCAUCUAUUCCUUAGUAGGUUUUAAAAUGAUUUAAUUACAACCGUAGAUGAACAACAACACAUGACAUAUUUAUUUAACAAAGCUGCCACACAAAGAAGCAGUGUGUGAUUUGGGGUGAUCAUUUGGGCUGUAAAGUGGAUCGGGGGGGGGACGCUGAAGCACUUUACUUUUGCUUCCUUUGGUGCAAAUGAAAGUGACACGAGGUUCACUGGAGAGGGAACAGGAAAACAGGAAAAGGGAAAAAAAGAGACUGGUUUUACAGAUAGUAACCAAAAACCAUUGCUCUGUCCUUAUAUUUGGUGACUGAUUUUUUUCUCCAGUUCAACUUUUUGUUUAUGUCCUUGUACCUGCUGGUAAUGAGACAGUGCUUCCAACACAUUCAGGUUGGUGAGGUAGAUCAGCUUCUCCAGAAUGGCAUAUCGAUGCAAGCUGACCUCUAGGUGCUCUCUAUACCCUUUGGUGUUUCUCAAACGCAUGUACAAUCACAACCAGAGACUAAUGAGGUGGGCUUUGCUUGCUCAAGAAUACAAUUUGGACAUUUGCAAGUAAAGGUGUGUCUUUACAAUGGUAACUCUAGUGAUCCACAGUGGAAGCAGACAGGGGUUCUCUGCCAUUUUUCUUUCAACCGUUUUCUCCUGUUUUGUGGAUAGACAGGGAGCUCAGCCAUUGUACUUUGUUAUCUUACAGACAGAGUCGUCUUAGUAGCAGUAGUCUUUUUUAGCUAGAAAGUUGUGUUUUGGCCUUGGAGACGCUGACACUUAGAGCUUCCCUGUGUUUUAUUUUGGUCCUAAUUAGUUUGUCUGCAUUAAUUGUAAAAUAAAUGGUGUUUUACUGACGUUAACUAUGUGGUGAUUAAUUUUGGGGGGGGGGUUCACUUUGUGUUACACCCCAUCCCAGAUUAUACUUUGCAUUUAAGUGGGUUGUAACAAUAAGGACGCCUGGUCAGGACAAUGGAGUGUAGUGAGUAUAACAGGAGGAACACUGACAGAGGCCUAAGGAUGGCCUCCAGGGGGUGCUCAUUUGCUUGUUUCUGGCCCACAGACUAUCAGAAACAGACUCCAUCUGCUGGAAUAAGGGUCUGACAUCCUUUAGUGGGACCUGUGCUCACAGUCCCACAUCAUGCAUCUUGAUUGGAAUUCACUAGAGUCUAUCAGGUUCACCACUGGCUUUUUAUCAUAGAUGAGAGCAGGUUCAUACAGAUAGAUGUGAAAGGUGUCUUGAGAUGCAGUGGUAAGUGUUUUACUGCCUGCAGCAUCAUCCAGCAUGAUGGCUUGGCAGUGGGUCACUGAUGGUCUGGGGAGGCUUAUCCUUGGAGGAUCAUACAGAUAACCUCCUCAGAACCACUGUGGAUACGGGCAUUGAUACCAUUGACUGUCUAUGACAUUUUCCAGAGCUGAGUCCAACUGGGAACUUCUGGGACACUUUUUUUACUCACGUGACUGCCCAGUCUCCACCGAGCCACUCUCAUUUUCUCUGAAUUGCUGCCUACCUGUCCACAUGCCCUGUCUUUUGAUUAUACCUUCACCUCUUUUAAUAAAGCAUCUAAACUAUUUGUCAGUUGUCUGCUUUCCAGGUCAUACUGAAAAGAUGACAAGAGCAUUACGUCAGUAAAGAUUUUUAAUUUUGAAUAUUUCAAUUAUCAAGAUCAAAUGUGUGA